CAGCACGGGAUGGGGAUUCCCUCGAUUGCGAUCAUGUUGCACGAACUGAUCAAGCUCCUGUAUUACUCCAAGUGCUCCAACGUGAUCGUGUUCCGCAUCGGCACGUCAGGAGGAAUAGGUUUGGAGCCCGGCUCCGUAGUGAUCACCCAGCAGUCUGUAGAUGCCACCUUCAAACCUCAGUUAGAACAGGUUGUCCUCGGGAAGUCUGUCUUUCGCAGUACGGACCUAGACAAGAAACUGGCCGAAGAGCUGCUGGAGUGCGGCAAAGAACUGGACCAGUUCAACACUGUCACUGGGAACACAAUGUGCACCCUGGAUUUCUAUGAAGGCCAGGCUCGCCUCGAUGGAGCGGUCUGCUCGUACAGCGAAGAAGAGAAACUUCAGUAUCUGAAAUCAGCACAUGCCGCUGGUGUGAGGAAUAUUGAAAUGGAAUCUUCUGUUUUUGCAGCCAUGUGCAAUCUUAGCGGUCUCAGAGGUGCUGUGGUAUGCGUCACGCUUCUGAACCGUCUAGAAGGAGACCAAGUCACUGCGCCGCAUGAAGUCCUCAAGGAGUACCAGACAAGACCACAGAAGCUGGUGGGACAUUUCAUCAAGAAACAUCUUGGGAAGCCGUGACAUCUUCCCCUUCCUUUGUCCUGUUGAUAGAAGUCCAGUGCUUCAUAAUGAAAAGGGAAUUUUAAUUAUCCUCGUAAUCCUCGUGAUUCCAACCUUCAAUUGCAGUCAUCUUUAAUGAGUGUAUGAGCUUAUGUUGCAUUUAGUAUGUCUUAUAAAAUUGAUAUGCUGUUGUUUGGGAAUGUUCCAAAUUAGUAGCCAUUAGUAUGUAGCAAUAAAAUGAAACAGGAGGUACGGACGCUUUCGUGAGUAACGUGAUGUAUUCCAACACAAUUUUAC